AUGUCGACGCUCGAAGACUCCAGGGAAAGCCUAGCUGAGGCAGAGGCGCUAUACGAAAGUGCUCGUUCUUGCCGUUCAGCAGAAGAAGCUGCUAAAAUAAAAGGCAAACUGAUUAUAAGACUGCAAGAUUAUGUCUCAAUGACGAAUUCUUACAGCCCUGCGGUAUAUAAGGUAUUGCAGAACGCCGUUAAGUUACUGGAGAGCCAUGAACGGGCAGCAUCCGUCCGCCCCUCAUUUCGCUUUAAAUCUGUACAGACCAGAGAACCUCCCAAGGCGGAGGUUACUCAGGUAUCAGUACAACCCCCAACUGCUGAAGCAAAAAAGCCUGCUGACAAUCAUACUUGCGAUAGUGGUGUCCGGUUGCAAGACGGUACCCUUUACAUAUGCAAACUCAAAGGUUUAGACAUCGUCCGGAGCAAAGACGAACUGGUUAAUGUGGGAAGGGUUAUACUAAAGGACCUGGAUGGAUGCCGUGUGGUACUGCUUGGUGUGGUCGAGACUGUUUAUAUUUCUAACUUGAAAAAUAGUUUGGCAUGGAUCGGGAUUUCACGUGGAUCUGUGAUAUCAGAAUCGCUCAUAAACUCCAAAAUAAUAUCUUGCUGUCGACAGUUGCGCAUAGCAGACUCAAUGAUGACCAAGUUUCUUAUAGACGCCGUCACGCCGCCUAUCAUAGAACGGAGCAGCGAUAUAUCGUUUGCAAGGAACCACAUCCGCUACGAUGGGCAGAUGGAGCAACUAGAGAGCUCUGGAUUAAAAGAUCUGCUGCUUUCAGGUGUUCCUACCGCUAUAGACUUUAGUUGGCACCAUGCCAGCCCGUCGCCAAAUUGGACUGCGGAACAGGAGCGGACACCGCUGACGGUGUCAACAGAUACGCUCGACUGCCCUGCUGGGGAACCAACAGGCAACACUGUCACUUUUACAAGCGAUUCAUGGGACAUUUUGCAAUUUAAAUAA